GAGUGGCGGAAAGAGGGCCGGCCCUGCUGUUGCUGAGGCUUCGGAAGCUGUGGCGACGGCGGCGGAAGCAGUAGAGGCAGCAGGUUGUAGUUUUUGUUUUGGCCUCAGCCCGCCAGCUGGUUCUCCGGGGCUGUUCCUGCCGGCCUGAGGAAGAGGAGGAGAAGGAGGAGGAGGAUCGGCUGCCUUCUGUAGCCCCUAUCUGGUCAGGUGGCGGGGAGCGGGGAACCUAGAAUUAGCGGGGCGAAGUCCCGGGACGGAGCAUGGGGGGCUGGGCCCAGGCCCAGGCCCAGGCCCAGACCCAGACCCAGGCCCAGGCCCUACCAAUGCUGAGCCUCUUCCCCGCAUCGUGUGAUCGGCUGCCAGGGGGGCCGCGAUGUUUGUAGGUCCCAGAGAAGGCGGCAGUAGGAGCCUCCCCUUCUCCUUCUAGAACCACCACCUCCUCCUCCUGCUUCCUUCUCUCCCCCUCUCCCUGUCCUGCAGCGAGUGGGAGCCGAGAGAACCCAGAGUUGAAAACCGAAUCUAGCCUCAGGCCAUCCCCACAUCCCGAUCCCCAGCCUCCCAGCAUGGCUCAGGAGAAAAUGGAGUUGGACCUGGAGCUGCCGACUGCCACGGCUCCCCCUGACGGGGGCAACCUGAGGAGGUCCAACAGUGCUCCCUUGAUCCAUGGGCUCAGUGAUAAUUCACAGAUUUUUCAGCCUUAUGUAAUCCGAACUCGGAGGAAUAGUACAACAGUGAUGAACCGUCAUAGUCUGUUGCUGUCAUCUUCUCCUAUUCGUAUUCCUAGUAGCAGACUUCAUCAGAUCAAAAGGGAAGAAGGAGUGGACUUGAUGAACAGAGAAGCUGCCCAUGAAAGGGAAGUGCAGACCGCAAUGCAGAUAAGCCAUUCCUGGGAAGAAAGCUUGAGCUUGAGCGAUAAUGAUUUUGACAAAUCGGAGAAAUCAUCUUCUCCUAAGAGAAUUGACUUCGUCCCAGUUUCUCCAGCACCAUCACCCACUAGAGGAAUAGGAAAGCAAUGUUUUUCACCAUCCUUACAAAUGUUUGUGAGUAGCAAUGGGCUACCUCCCAGUCCUAUCCCCAGUCCAACAAGACGAUUUUCCAACAGAAGAAGUCAAAGUCCAAUCAACUGCAUUAGACCCAGUGUUCUUGGGCCCAUUAAAAGGAAAGGUGAAAUGGAAACUGAAAGCCAGCCAAAGAGACUCUUUCAAGGCAUUACUACUAUGCUUUCUCCUGAUAUUACGAAUUUGGCAGAUCUCAGUUCAUGUCUGUCUUCAGAUAUUCUGGAUGGCAGUAGUAGCAGCAUUGGCUCAUCCUCAGACUCACUGGCUAAAGUCAGCAAUGCCACAGACUCUCCAGUAACAUGUUCCAAUUCAUGCUCUUCGUUCAUCUUGAUGGAUGACCUUUCACCCAAGUGACUUAACCAUUUGUCAUUCAGUGUUCUGACCAUGCUGUUUUCUAGACAAAAGACUCAGGCAGGAAGGGGAAAAGGAACUUUGAUCCUUAAUGAGGACUAAGAUAGUAAUUAGGAUAACAAAAAUUAAUGGAACAUUAUCCUAUAACAUCUCUAUUCUCAAAAGGUUUGAUUCAUAGAUAUGUUAACCUUACUGCUAGUUGGGGCAAAUUUCCUUUUGCGUGAAAUGACUGUUCAGAUGAUUCAAAUGAGCUUUGGGUUGCUGUUGCCAUAUUUUACUUUCAAUGCCUAAAAGGCUCCCUCCUAAAGGUCCUGUAGUUAGAGUACUGAUAUAUAGGUUCUAGUGUGGCUCCUUUCCCCAACAAAAGUAAACACCAGUUACAAAACUGAUCGGGGGGCAGCUGGUGGUGCAGUGGAUAGAACACUGGCCCUGGAGUCAGGAGUACCUGAGUUCAAAUCCAGCCUCAGACACUUAAAACUUACUAGCUCUGUGACCCUGGACAAGUCACCUAACCCCCAUUGCCUCACUAAGGGGGGAAAAAAAAGCUGAUCAGGAAGGCUCUACAAACAUAAGAGAUUUAUAUGUGAUUUUUCAUUUUUACUCUUUGAGCUGCUUGCUUGUAGCCAGACUAGAAAAUACUUAGCGGUCUCUGUAGCUGCCAGUGUUGCUCUUUUGUAGUUAAGAUUUGUAUGGAAGGAUGGGGAUUGGUUUUAAUGUUUGAAAUGUUAAUGGCUUGGUAGUAUGCCUGAAUUAGUUAGUUAGUAAGAUCACUCCAGAUCCCUAUAACCCAGGAGUAGGGGUAGCUAACAUUUUUUUCCCAAACGUUGUAGCCCUGAGGAAUGUAUAACAUAUUAUUAAUAUUUCUAGUUAUUUGUUGUCAAGGAGAAGAAAUUCCAGCCUUGAUCAAAGAUGUCUGGUGCAUCCAGAAGUGACUAGCCAGUGUUAACUGACCUAAAAAACUACAGUGCAAGAGAGUGCACAUGGGGCCAUCAAAUGUCUCCUGUGGCAUUGAGGCCAUAGGGAUUUUUGUGCCUUAGGGGACACUGUUCUACUGUUAAAGAAUGUAAACCAUGGGGGAAGGGGAAAGCAGAAAGGGUGUGCCUUCUGUAAUAAGCUCGCAUGGGCUCUGGUGCACCUUUUCAACUUUUAGAUUUCUUUGCUUUCCCCUAUGGUGACUGGUACCAAUGAUUCAGUCCCUCUGCAUCACAGUUUUUGCAUUGCCACUAGAAUAGAUGGAUGGGCUUAAGUAACUUUCAUGCUGCCUUGAAAUAAGGCAAGUCUCUAAAGUUUAAUUUCUAGGGAGAAAAAAAAGUUUGCAGGCCAGAUAGGCGAAUGCUGGCUCUGUACUCUACUUCUGAAGAGUCAGAUUUGAAUUGUAAAGGAGCAUUUCAGUCAGUUCGAGGUAGCAAAAUCCAGAAUUUCCUAACAGGAAAACUAUUAACUGAGCUAGAUAACCCAUUGAUUAUACUCUCUACUAUUAUGCUAUUUAUUAUUUAUAACUGUGUAAAAAGUCUGUGUGAUGAAUUAUAGUAUUUUUUAUGAUUAAAACUUUUGAAAUGUUUGGUAGUAAGUUCUGGCUUGUCUCUAACAUCCAAAAGAAGCUUUCAUUUUGGAAUAAUGGUUCAAAAUGCUUUUGUCUAAAAUACAGCAUUUGUGUUUUGGUUUGGUUUUGUAAGAAAAUAACACUGAAUUUUAAAGAGAAAUUAUGUGUUUUGAAGGUAAGCAGCAAUCUGCAAUGUUGUGUAGGCCAGCUGGAGGGGAGAACUAGACUUUCUUUUCAGCUCUAACAAGGACAUGGUGUGGUCUCCAGAAGUCUGAUUACAGUAUCUUGUGUUUUUAUUUUAAAUUGUAAUAAUCAUUGUAGCCAAUAAUGAAGUUAUUACUUGUAUUAUUUUUACCCUUGGAGCAUCACUAGUUUUCCCCACCUCAAAUAGAUGUGUAUAUUGUAAAAUAUUAAUCCAUAGUGUGCCAUUUAAAGGAGAACACAUAAUUAGUUCUACAGUAUUCAAUGUACUCAUUUUAUUUGUAUAUGAACCGUAUUAUUUAAGAUGUUUCUGCCUGUACAGUAAUGACUAGAGUGUUUUAUCUUCCAGAAUAUUUAUCCACUUUCACUUUGCUGUCUUUUUUGCCUUAAAGGGACACUUUCAGCCAUAAUUUUCAGACUCUGAAUUGAUUGCUAAGAUGUAACCUUUCAAUUCUUAUAGAUGAUUAAAUCUAAUUCUGAGAUGUUAAUCAUUAAAUUGUGGGGGAGGGAGCUGGAGAAGAGAAAUGAAACAUCAAUAUAUUCCUGCAGUGUUCACUAUUAGGAUAUAAGACCCAUGAAGUCAUUUUUCAUUGUUUCAACAGCAGCUUGGUGUUAGGAGUUAUAUGUUAGAGUCAGGAAAACCUGAGUUUACGAUCUACCUCUAACACAUACUAGCUGUGUGACCACAGACAAGUCACUUAAUCUCUCAAGGCCCCAGGCCACUCUGGGGUUCUGUUCCACAUGAGGUGCUGAUCUUCAUUCAGCAUAUGGAGUGCCCUAUACCAAUGAAAUCAUGGGUCUGGACCAAAAGGGGGGGGGUUAAAUGAUCACACAUAGUGAUCUGUUUGAAAUCAAUUCCAAAUAAAGGUCAGUUAACUAAUGAACUUUGCUGACGGUCUAGCAAAUGAAGUUUGUUGACAGUGUCCCUUUAUUUCCAUAAAAAGUUCACUCUGCCAUUUGAAAAAUCCUAUCUGUUCUGAUGUGAUGUAGAGAUUGUCAUUUAUCCCCAUUACACUCUCCCGCCCUCUUCUCAGUGUCUCUGUUUGGCAACAUGGACAAGGGAAGGGAGGCCCAGCGUCUCCCUUGUGGCCAUCAGAUGGGUUCGUCUGCUUGACUUGUAGAAGUGAUGUACUUCAUGAUUACUGUUUCAGGAGUGAUGGAAAGUUUUCUGUGAAAUGUUGGCCUUUGUAAACAUUAGAAUGAAAAUCUCAUACAAUGUGAACACA